UCUGAAUUCAAUGGCUAAAAUCCCGCCAUUUGGGAAUAUUUUCGUGUUUAUUAAAUAAUUGCUGAGUUUUCGUUUUGUUUUAUGUUUUUAAGACACCUGUUAUAAUUGAUAAUUGUUGGUUAUUGGGAUGUUUUAACAUUAAGGAUUUGUAGAGUAACAAUGGAAAUUUCGGCGAUGGGGCGCAAAAGGAAGCCCUUGUCUCAACAAACCUCCACAAAUAACGUCACCCUAAACUCCUCAACAGUCUCUAAGAAAAAACGCUCAAACGCCAAUGAUCCCCAGAGACGUGCUGGAACUAUAAUUCGCAUGGCUCUCAAAAACUUCAUGUGUCAUUCAUUACUUGAGGUUGAUUUGAAUGAGAACGUCACUAUAAUCAUCGGGCGUAAUGGAAGUGGGAAGAGCGCUAUUUUGACCGCGCUAGUCGUGGGUCUAGGGGGCAGAGCCAGUCUCACGAAUAGGGGCAACAGCAUUAAGAGUUUUAUCAAAGCUGGAAAAGCAUCAGGCAGUGUUGAAAUCGAGUUGCAUAAUGUGGGCUCCAUGGCGUACCGGCCAAACGUCUACGGGGACAAAAUCACGAUAAUUCGAAAUCUGACCGCGUCGGGGGGCUCCGCUUACAGGAUCAAAGCCGCAGACGGGGCUGUAAUAUCCACUCAACUGAGUGAAAUUCACAAUAUCACUACCAGUCUCAACAUCCAAGUUGAUAAUCCGGUCUGCAUCCUCAAUCAGGAUACGUCUAGGAAUUUUUUAAAUAGUAACAACCCCAAAAACAAAUUUACUCUUUUUAUGAAAGCCACUAAAUUGGAUUCUCUCAGUGAGGAGUACAAGAAGAUCAUUUUACACAAGAGAGAAUCACUGCGACUUUUUGAAGACAAACAAAAAAAUUUCAAAAAAUUGAAAGAGGAGUUGAAGGAAUUGAAACGAAAAAUUGAUAAUCACAAGUCUAUUGUUGGCAUUCGCGAAAAAAUAGAAUUGAUGAGAAUUGAAUUACUUUGGGCUAAGGUGCGCGACGCUGAAGACGAAGCACAAAAAGAAGAAAAAAUUGUCGAUAAUUUGGCCAAACAACAGGAGAAACUGCUGGACGACUGUGAAAACCGGUCGAAACGAGUGGAAGAUUUGAAAAAAAAUAUCGCUUCCCACACUCAAAAAAUUAACGAACUCAAGGAAACAAUUCAAGUCCAGUCAAGACCCCAAUGGGACGUCAAGAGAGUUAUUGAUGACCUCAGGACGAAAUACAACGACAAACGACGAGAAAAACAACUGAUCUUAGGCACAAUUGAAUCGAAAACAAAAGAAGCCGACGUUUUGCAAAACGAAAUCGAAAACGCCAACGAAAAAAUGACACGCGUGGAACAAGAGAAAAUGCAACGCUUGCGUGAUUUAAAGAACAUGAAUGAGAAAAUCAAGGGUAUGGAGGACCACCUACAGACAUGUCGUAACGAUUUGUAUCAAAUACGUAGCGACAUCUCGCGGCGUGACGAAGAAAAGUCGAAUUUGAGACGUGACAUCAGCCAACUCGAUCAUCAAAUAAAUAACGAAAAAAGGAGUUUAGCCGCGUUGCAAAACGAAUCGGGGAAUACCCUGCUUUUGUAUGGUCGGGACAUCCCCCGUGUACAACAAUUAAUCGAGCAGAACAAAAGUCGGUUCAAACAUCAGCCUCGCGGCCCAUUAGGCUCUUACAUAAAACUCAAAGAUAAAAAAUGGGCCGUCGCAGUGGAGAGUUACCUCACACCAGGCCUACUAGGAUCGUUCACCGUUGAUAAUUCCAGCGAUAAUCAAUUGUUAGUUCAGAUUUUUAACCAGGUCUGGUCUAGUGGGCGUAAGCCGGCUAUAAUCACGUCGAAGUUUUUCUUUAAGAAACAUGACGUUAGGAACAAUUUAGUCAGAGCCCCCUCGGAUUGUGUUGGGAUUUAUGACGUUUUGGAAAUCGAGGAUGCCGUGGUUGCGAAUUGUAUCGUAGAUCAGGCCCAGGUUGAAGGGAUUUUGUUAAUUCCCAGUAACGAACGUGCUAUGCAAUUGUUAUCUCAUGCCAGUCACGUGCCACAAAACUGUCAACAAGGGAUUACAAUCAAAGGUGAUAAAUAUUAUCCCGAUCCCAAUUACAAGACUUACGGGUCGAGGUACCACAGGGCACAGUAUUUGCAAGUCGAUACUAAAGAACAUAUCCUUCAAUUGGAACACAAUAUCAAAGAAAUGACACAGAAAAAGGAAGCGAUGGAAAAACAACUGAGUGCGAUUUCUGCUGAAAUUCGCGACCAGGAAACCAAAAAAUCACAAUUGGAGGAAAAAAUUAAGAAAAUGGAUGCGGCCCGUACGCAGAUUAGGCGACAGUUGGAGCAGUUGAAAGCUACAGCGGAACCGGAAGUCGCCAGUGUUGAACUCCUAGAAAGUGAAUUAACGGAAAUUCGUGAGACAAUUCAGCAAAAAAACGCCCAAUUAGCUACCGUUGAAGAAGCACAGAAAGAAAUCAAAUCUGACAUUAAACAAAAUGAAGAAAAAUUACAAAACUUGAAAGCGGCGAAUACCGAUUUGGAGGAACGGAUGCGCGAACUUGAAGAACAAAUGAAAGAAGAUCAAAUCCGACAGAAAGAAAUCACGACAAGCGAGGAGUUUGAUAAGAGGAAAGCACAAGAGUUUAAAAAGAAGAUCAAUCAGGCACAAUCUGAGCUCGUUUUGAAACAAGCAGCCGUGAAAAAGUAUACAGAGCAGGCCAUGAGUUUGGGGGAAAGACAGGAAACGGCCAGGAAAAUUUGCGAUAUCGCCAACGAAAUCAGCGAAUUGGAGCGCAAUGUUCGUCGGAUUGGAACAUCGACGGAAAAUGCCGAGGAAUUGUUAGAGAAGUACCAUUCAAUGCACGAGAAAUACAAUGAAUUGUCAACGCUUCUCACAUGUCUUAAUGACGAUAUCAAGGAUCUAACCAAAGCGGUGGAACAAAGGACGCGCCAUUAUAAACUUACAGAGAACUAUUUCGUUACUUUUAUUAAACAUUCAUUUAAAAAAAUUAUGGAAGUUCGUCAGUUUAAAGGGUCAAUUGAGAUUAAUUUACAAGAACAGACAUUAGAUUUAGUUGUUAUACCUCAGCAUGGGUCUCAGGGAUUGACCACCACUUCAAAUUUGUCAGGGGGUGAAAGGUCAUUUUCGACCGUUGCAUUCUUGUAUUCAUUGUGGCAGUGCAUGGAAUUUCCGUUCUAUUUUCUUGACGAGUUUGAUGUCUAUAUGGAUAAGUUGAAUAGAACCAAAGUGAUUGAUAUUUUGAUACAUCAUGCUGAGACGCAUCCUGAAUUGCAGUUUGUGUUUUUAACACCUCAAGACGUAUCAUUUGUCAAAAAGGCUUCUAUUUUAAGAUUACAAGAUCCUGAAAGAAACAAUGUGUGAUAUUAAUGUUUUGCAGUGUAUUUUAAAAAUUACAUAUUUUUGCAGAAUAAAGUUUAUUUGAAAAAAUA